AUGUUUAGUGGUAACGUGAAGACAAGUUUAGGAAAGAACUCCAGGGAUCAUUUAGCAGAGCAACUUAUUCCAGUAAAGUCAUUGGGACGUUCGUUUACGGUGGUGCCGACCCCGGAUCAAAACGUAACAACAGACCUUCUGUUCCGGGUUGUGGCCACUAUGGAAGGAACGGUCUUCAAAAUCAACGAGGAAACAGAACAUAAACUA